AGAAACCAACAAACAGCUUAAUCAUCAAGAAUACACUCACAUACAUACAUACAUAGAACACCUCUAUUGUUAUAAAUUCCUAGCUAUAUAUUUUCUUAAGCAGCCACACCAUGCAACGUAACAUGGCAAUGAGCUUCUUCCAGCGCAGGUUCUUCAGCCAGCAAAGGCGAACACAAAUGGUGGCAAGGCGAGUGUUGGAGCCGUGUGACGUGUUCCUGAACCAUAGGAGCAUGGACACAAAGAAAACAGUGGCCACGUUGCUCUAUGACCAUUUGAAGAGGCACGGUUUCAACCCUUUCUUGGACAACAAGAACAUGAAGCCAGGGGACAAACUGUUUGAGAAAAUCAAUAGGGCUGUUAUGGAGUGCAAGAUUGGGGUGGCGGUUCUCUCGCCACGCUACACGGAGUCCUAUUUUUGCCUCCAUGAGCUUGCACUUCUUCUGGGGUGCAACAAGAAGGUCAUUCCCAUCUUCUGUGAUGUAAAGCCUUCGCAGUUGCGCGUUGUCAACAACCCUAAGUGGUCUGAAGAUGAACUUAGACGCUUCAGACGGGCUCUUGAGGAGGUUAAGUUCACCGUGGGACUCACGUUCAACUCCUCAAAAGGGAACUUUUCUGAAAUUGUGAAUAGUAGUUCUGACAUCAUCAUUGGCAGCAUGAUAGAGCUCAAGAAUGAAGAGCGGAUGCAGCAUUGGGCUUCUAUUCUUCAUAUCCGGCUUUUGGGGUUUCUUCCCUCUCUUUCAAGCCAUUUUCACUAUUCCCUAAGAGCUAUUGAUGCUAGAGAAAGAAAGAUCUUCAGGAAUGUACAGGCUCUCCUCCAUGUUCUGGUGUUUAUUUCAUGGGUGAAGUACAUUUCCAUCAGCUACUACAACUACCAGCUCUUUAUCGCGUCUCAGUAUAGCAAUGGCGAGACAUACCCUUGUUCUACUGGCCAGUGUCAAGUUGCGGAAUUUCCUUCUAUAAAGCAAACAGGGUUUCAUUUCAAUUUGCAGGAGCAAGUCAUGGCUGCAUCUGCUCUAGUGAUAAUGAUGAUAGAUUACAGACUUAUAGCCUAUGUUGCUCUUAUGAGGAUUGGUGUGACAAAGAAAUAG